UUUCCUCUCUUUCUCUCUCUCUCCUCCCUCCCGCUUCCUGGAGACCAAUCUGAGCGCUUUCCGCCGCUCCCCGGAGCGCAUGUUUACAACUGAGGAGUUUCUUCACCAAAGUUUGGUGUUUAGAGUGGUAGAAGAUGCGUGGACGUGGGCGGACGGGCUCUAAAUGGAUUUGGAUUAGCACUUCUUGCUGUGUAAAAGCCCCGGGGAGACUCUGACUCUGUGAUUUGACCUGGAUUUCUUCCUCCUUCGGUGCUGCUAGCUUAAUCUAUAGCUGUAGCAGUUAGUUAACCUAGCUAACGCUAAUCUAAUCGGGUAAAUCCUCCUUCCCCGAACCCGGAGCUGCUCCUCGCCCUAGAGUUCAGCAGAUCGGAGCGGUGCUGCUGGCUGCUGUCGACCCGGAGAUGAGCCCUCAGCCCGGGUUUUGGUGCUCGCACACGGGGGCUAGCUAGUUUGGAGUUUCUUGGUUGGAGCAGCUGUGGAAAUGGGCGGACUUUCUGAAGUUGAAGUCAGGGAGCUGAACUCAGGCAGUGAGUAGUUAGCUAACCCUAGCUAACUCAGCUCCGCUGCUCUCCUUCUCUCUGUGUCUGCAGCAGGAGCAGCAGAGCCAUGAUGGCAGUAUGUGGGAGAAGGAGUCGCCCAAAGUUAAUACUCUGCCUUGUCGGACUUUCAGUGCUUGGAUACUUCGUGUUCCACAGAAACAGCCCCGCAGGCGAGGCCAGCCUGGCCAACCGCCGCGGGAUGUCAGCCGGCGACAGCGCCGCGGAGCAGGACUCGGACUUCCUGAAGCGCCCAGUCUACGAGAAGCCCCCUCUAGACCUGAACACGCUGGGAGAAAUGGGCAGAGCCGUGAAACUGGACUUGACAGGAGAGGAGAAGACUAAAGAGGAGGAGAGCAUUAGAAAACACCAGAUUAACACUUACGUUAGCGACAGAAUAUCGCUACACCGCAGAUUGCCAGAAAGAUGGAACCCCUUAUGCAAAAGUCUGAAGUAUGACUACCAGAGCUUGCCCUCCACCUCAGUGGUAAUUGCCUUCUACAACGAGGCCUGGUCUACUCUGCUGCGCACAGUUCACAGUGUUUUGGAGACAUCACCUGACCUGCUGCUUAACGAGGUGAUCCUGGUGGACGAUUACAGUGACAGAGAGCAUUUGAAGCAGCCUCUGGAGGACUACAUAGCCAGCCUGAGGAAAGUGCGUCUGAUCCGAGCGACAAAGAGAGAAGGACUGGUCAGGGCUCGGCUCCUCGGCGCCUCCAUCGCCACGGGCGACGUGCUGACUUUCCUCGACUGUCACUGCGAGUGUCACGAGGGCUGGCUGGAGCCUCUGCUUUACAGAAUAAAGGAGGAACCCAGUGCUGUGGUGUGCCCAGUGAUAGAUGUCAUUGACUGGAACACUUUUCAGUACCUAGGGAACCCGGGAGAGCCUCAGAUUGGUGGCUUUGACUGGCGCCUCGUGUUCACCUGGCACACUGUUCCUGAUUACGAGCAGAAACGCAGACGCUCUGCCACGGAUGUCAUCAGAUCUCCAACUAUGGCUGGGGGCCUGUUUGCAGUCAGCAAAAGAUACUUUCAUUAUCUUGGCACGUAUGACACAGGAAUGGAAGUCUGGGGAGGAGAAAAUCUUGAAUUUUCUUUUCGAAUCUGGCAGUGUGGAGGCAGUUUGGAGAUCCAUCCCUGCUCCCAUGUGGGCCACGUGUUUCCCAAGAAGGCCCCAUACUCGCGCAGCAAGGCCCUGGCCAACAGUGUACGGGCAGCAGAGGUCUGGAUGGAUGGCUACAAGGAGCUGUACUAUCACCGCAACCCUCAUGCACGCCUGGAGGCAUAUGGUGACGUGACCGACCGGCGGAAACUGAGAAUGCGACUAAACUGUAAGGACUUCAAGUGGUACCUGGACAACAUAUAUCCUGAAAUCCAUGUCCCAGAAGAUCGGCCUGGCAUGUUUGGAAUGUUAAAAAAUCGAGGAAUGACCAACUAUUGCUUUGACUACAAUCCACCUGAUGACCAUAAUGUGGUUGGGCACAGGAUCAUUCUGUAUCCCUGUCAUGGCAUGGGCCAAAACCAGUUCUUUGAGUACUCUUCAGACAGCGAGAUCCGCUACAACACCAGAGAACCUGCUGGCUGCGCUGUAGCUGACCCCAUCAGCACUUUCCUCAGCAUCAACCUGUGCAGAAAACCCCGGGAGUCAGUGCCUGAAGACCAGAAAUUUGUCCUCAGAGAGGAUGGCACUCUUUACCAUGUCCAAACUCAGAAGUGUGUCCAGGCAGUGGACAAGACAGACAACGGCAGCCCUGGCCCUGCUCUCAGGCCUUGCACUGGUUCAGCCCACCAGCAGUGGUUCUUUGAGGAGAGAUCUUAAGAGAGCAGGACUUUCCUACCUUCCUCCAUUCAUCAAUUUUCCAGCACUUAGUCUGCAGCUCACUUAAACACAUCCACCUUCACAUAGAGAGGGUAGAGUGUUCUGGAAUCUACAGACAGACAUGGAGAAGCGAGGUGCAAACCUACUUUAAAACUGCUUAUAGAUUUUUUUUUUUUGACUACACUCAUGAAGGAGCUUCAGAUGGUUUUGAGUAAUGCCAUGUAUAUAUAGUAGAGUGAGUCUGAAGAAUGUCUAUAUUGGUAAAUAACUUUUUAUUGAGGUAAAUCUGAGGUCUUUUAGAACUAAACACUUUCACAACACAUAUUCUAAUACAAUCAUAGUUCUUUAUGGACACAGAAGUGUAUUUUCCAUGGCAUUACUCAAAUAAUAAUUAGAAUUACCUAUAUUUGAAGUGUAUAGCAUUGUAAAGCAUUGACGAAUGGAAAGCCAGGGUAAAAUCUAUGUUUGCUUCUCCCUAAUUUCAGCACAGAUGUGUUUUUGAUUCUGAGCUGAGAUUCUUAUUUUGAAGCAUAUCCGUGUGUUGCAUCAUGCUUUUCUCCACCAGAUGCUCAGCAUUACUGGCUGGAAUACAUGCAACACAUUCUAAAAGUCACUUUUGCCCAGGCUUCACUGCGGUAAUUGAAAAUUCUAACUGGCGUUUAGAAUGACACAAUGACACAGGCUGGUCAUUUGAUGUUAUUUUAAUCAUCUGGUGCUGUCGGCUCAAUUUGGUGUCAUCCUGCUAUUUAGUGGAGCCCUGCUUUUUCCACACUCCAGAUCCUAUGGAAAAUUCCCCUCUGCUGUUCAGCGGUCAGUCAUCAGAGUCACCUCUCAUGGGCAGCUGGAUCCCCCUCCACUUCCACUCCCAGCAGGCUGUGGUGUGCAGUGGUGUUUGUUUUUCUUAUUGAGAUUAACAGCCUCGGUGAUGUACGCUGUGACUUUGCUGCAGUUCUCAUUGUGAACCACUUGAUGGUGCCAACUCCUCCAUUUUCUCCUACACGUCCUCCUGCUGUGUCCUCCAUGUUCUCUCUUUUGCUGUCGUAUGGCUGAUCAUUUACACCACUCACAUUUCCAGUACAGUAGUUCAGAUUACAGUCAGAUUUCUGACAGUGCUGAAGCAUUUAUUGUGUUCAGGAUGAAGAUCAGUCGGCGUUUAGACUGACAUUAACAGCAUACGUUAGCCUACCUCUUAUAGUCACGCACCUGCUGAUGAGGACUUUCUGUAGAAAAUGGUUGACAGAUGGGACCAUGUUUGUUGAAUAAGCAUUAUGUGCUUAAGGGACUUUCUUCUAUAUGUUUAAUUGUUAAUUCUGUAUUAAUCAGUGUAUUAAUUUGCUUUGACUUUUUUUUUUCUAUUCCAUGCACACCGUUAUAAGGGUAACACCUGUAUAUGUAGAGAGACAGAGGAGGUACAGUAUGAACAAAACCAAAUCUCUUUAGAUCUUUUGAGACUGCUCGAGAGUGAGCAGUCACGAGGGCGUAGAUCAACAGCAAAAUAGUCAAACCUAGUCAAACUAAUGUGGAAUAUGUAAAAUUAAUUAUUUAUUACUACUGAUUUAUUGCUAUAAUAACUGAUUCUUUUGUGCAGUGGGUAAAUGCACUGCAGUAUGUUUUUUUGUAAUGUAAUUUAUGUAACAUUUUUUUUCUUUUGUCACUGAAAUAUAGUGCCUUAUCUUGUGUUGCAGACAACACAAAUCUUCCUUUCAGUAGACUGAGAGGUGAAAGCGUACUUGAUAAACCUUUGCAUGAAAUAUGACAGAAUUACUUUCCCUUUUGUACAUUCUAUACCAUUCAUUAGAUUAUGCAACAGGUUACUGAAAUGAACAUAUCAUCUUUUUCUUUCUUUCCUUCUUUCCUUCUUUUUUUUAUAUUAUUUUGCUUGGCCUCCCAGUGAUUGAGAUGCGGGCAUGUGACAUUAGCACAAUGCUGCACAGAUGCUCAGAGAACAGAUAAGCACGAGCUCCUCUUAUUGAUUAUCUAUGGAUUUACACAGGGACCUAUUGUGUCAGCGAUGGGGGAGCUUCCCCUGUUAAAGCCUCCCAAAUGCAACAGUGUGGGGGAAGCAGAUUAAGCUGUGAGGGAGAAAUAGACCUGGAAAGCAAUUAUGAUCUGUUUAAUUAAAAUCGAUCACCUUAAUAAAUAUUAACUUUAUAUAUCAUAUCAUAUUCAUGUAGGCCUGAGCGAUAUUCUGUCGAUCAAUAUAUUUCUUAAAUUUGGUUGAUACAAUAUAAUUAUGAUAUUGAUAUGAACAGUUUAAAUGUCACAGAAAGAAAGAACAGACACAAUUAUAGAUCUUCUUAAGAAUAAUGAAUAAAUAGAAUUAUGUAAUACGCCCUGUAAUGAAUGUCGGUCAGUAACAGAUGCUGUACGAUUUUCUGGUAACACUUUAAAAUAAGACUACCUUUAUAAAGGGUUUAUAAAUGGUUUACGGUCAGUUUAUUAAUGGUUACUAAUUAGGUUGUAAAUGCCUUAAAAAUCAUUAAUAAUCAGUUAUAACACAUACGUAGAAAGGGUAACUAUAUAGAUGGCUGUGGGUUCACUAUUUGGCAAACAACAGGUCAUUGUUGCCCGUUCUACGUAUGUUAUUACUGAUUAUUAAUGAUUUUUAAGGCAUUUACAACCUAAUUAAUAACCAUUAAUUAAUAAACUUAUUGUAAACCAUUUAUAAACCCUUUAUAAAUGUAGUCUUAUUUUAAAGUGGUACCGAUUUUCUAUUGUGAUAUCGAAAAUGUUGAAUUAUUGUCCAGACCAGCCCUACAUUCACACUAUAACAAAGAUAUCUAUAUCCACAACAUGGAUCAAUCAAAUUCCUGUUUUUUUUUUUUCUCUUUUUUUGUUUUGUUUUUUAAAUAAAGAAUAAUGUACAUGGAUCCAUUUAAACCUUUAGUUUUGUACUGGCUUUUCUAACUGGAUCACUAAAGCCAGUGAACAGCCAAACGAAGCGCAGUGUGUUUUAGACCCACUGCUUCAUGCACUUUAUUGCAAAGCAAUAUCACAGCAGAGGGCAUUAUAACUGUGAGGAGCAGUCAUGUCAGACAUCUGCUUACACUCCAUAAUCUACACGCUCUGUUUCUUACAGUUCUGGUGAUGUCAUUGGAAUGGGAGCUACAAUUUAAGGCAUGAUUUUUUGUAAUAAAUCGAAAUGCUGGGAGUUAAUUCAGGUCACUUUUUGUUGCUGUUAUUCAAGUGUCCUUAACAUGUAAUAAAUUAAACUUUUGUAUUUCUUUAUAACUGGCAAUUAAAAUCUUUGUGAUUUCUGAUAAUAACGUAAAAUAAUAUGUACUUUUCAAAUGACAAUGUUUUGAUAGAACAUGUCUGGAAGGAUCAGGUGUUUAUGGGUUUUAUUUCUAUUGUAUUUUGAAUCUUAAUAUUUGAAAAUAAAACCUUUCAGUAACACUC